CGCACUUCCGGGUGUUGUCUGGCCGCCGUCGCGCGUCUCUGGUCUCCUGGCCGCCGCCGCCGUUGUCGCCUUGGGUCCCGGAGGCAGGAGCUACGUCACCGCCAUGGCCGGCAUCAAAGCUUUGAUUAGUUUGUCCUUUGGAGGAGCAAUUGGGCUGAUGUUUUUGAUGCUUGGAUGUGCCCUUCCAAUAUACAACCAAUACUGGCCUCUCUUUGUUCUGUUUUUUUACAUCCUUUCACCUAUUCCAUACUGCAUAGCAAGAAGAUUAGUGGAUGAUACGGACGCUAUGAGUAAUGCCUGUAAGGAACUGGCCAUAUUUCUUACAACAGGCAUUGUAGUCUCAGCUUUUGGACUCCCUAUUGUAUUUGCCAGAGCACACCUGAUCGAGUGGGGAGCUUGUGCACUUGUCCUCACCGGAAACACUGUCAUCUUUGCAACUAUCCUGGGCUUUUUCUUGGUCUUCGGCAGCAAUGAUGACUUCAGCUGGCAGCAGUGGUGAAAAGAAUUACUGAACUCUUGUCAGAUGGACUUCUCGUCAUUUCUCAGCCGUCCGUGCACACAGGAGGUGGGGCAAUGAUGCUGAGCGACAGAGCAAGCCUCUGGGGGUGCUCUAGGUGCUCCUUCUCUCUUGUAUUGUAAGCAUACUAUUUUCACAGAGACUUGCUACAGGAUUAAAAGGAUUUUCUCUUUUGGAAAA